UAUAAUCGAUAUUUGAGUGUUGGAACUUGAAUGCAGGUGGUUAUUUUAAGAUCGGGAAGCGGCAGUCAGCCAUACGAGAGUCGUAAUUCAUGAACACAUGUGUAAGUACCUUUGUACCCCAAACAAUCGUUGACGGUGCCGAUGGCCCGGAUAAGAUAGCGCCAAGAUCCAAUCCCGGUUCCGACAAAUAAAAAUACAGCAGUUAAGUGGCAGAGUUGGCGGGGAUUGGCUGCUUGUGUUAGGCUUUGAGGUAAGUAUCUGUAAGUACCUCGGACUUCUAACAUCGUGAAGCCCCUGAGCUGACGAGAUUUAUAAUGCCUUAUUUUCAACGCGUCGCCGUCGACAACUACACUAUCUUUGAACAGAUGGGCUUCUCACCAACAUGCACCUGCAGUCGCGCCUCUCCGCGCUUCACAUGCGAUGGAAACAACUCCCUAAUCUCCACAAAGUCUUAGCCGUAUUCGCGCUACUGCUGUUUCUAAUAGUAAUAUUCAUACAACCCACGCCGGAAACCGCUCGUACUAGCUGGAACCGCCUCACGCAAUCCGAAAAUGGGCCUCUGGCAGGCGGAAUUCCCCUCCGCGUCAUGUUCAUCGGCGCUUCGAUGACCCUUGGCGAGCACUCGACGGGCGAGGUGGGAUAUAGGAAGCAAAUCCGGGACUGGCUUGUGUCUCGAGGUAAUCCCGUGAACUACGUCGGCCAGAACCGGUACGGCGACUUCAAAGACAACGACGUCCAAGCCUUCGGCGCGCAGCCCAUAAAACCGACGCUCGACCGGCUGAAAGAGGUCGUGCCGCAGGUGCAACCGAACCUGUUCCUCAUCAACGCCGGGUCGAGCGACUGCUUCCAGCUGGACCACUGGGGGCCCGCGUACGUGCUGCAGAGCAUGCGAGAACUAGUAGACUUUUUAUUCGAGGCGUCGCCGCGCGCCACCGUCGUCAUGUCAACGAUCAUCACGUCGCCGUGGGACGGCACCGAGCGCUGCGUCAAGUCGGCCAACGCGCAGAUCCGCCAGGUCGCCGCCGACCUGAUCCGCGAGGGCAAGCCCGUGGUCAUGGCCGAGAUGCACUUCGACCAGGGAAUGCCCGGCCGCGUCGAGCGCGCGGAUAUCGGCCCCGAUGAUAUGCAUCCUACCGACAAGGGAUACUUCAAGAUGGGCGAUAUCUUCAUCGAGAAGAUCCUCGAGGUCGAGCGUAAUGGUUGGUUGAAAAGGCCUGUGGAUAAUGGGGUCCCGGCUGAUGGCGAUGCUGCGAGGGACGCGGAGGAUGUGAUUAGGGAGCAGGAGGAACGGGUUAAGGAGAAGCAGGAGGCGGAGCCGGGGAAGACGUUGCCGGGGAGGAGGAUACGCAGGGCGUUUAGGGCUCGGCAUGCGAGUGUGCUUGUUUAGCCGGUCUCCGCACGGGGGUGGGAUUGCCUGGUAGGCACAUAGUAUGGCGGCGCGUCAUUGUAGAUUUUGCCGGUAGGGAAAAAUGGGAAAAUACGUAUUGAGUAUGGUCCAUAGGAGUGGGAUGGAUCGCGGGAAUGCUUGCAAUCGGAUAUUCCAUAAUAUGUAACAAAAGAACUUGUCAGCUCUGAGAAUCUGGCUGGCUCGCAGUUUUUAGUUUAUGUAUAUUUUCUCACUUUUGAU